AUGCAGAUUGAUACUACACAAGCACGUAUUGUCAAGCUUAUAGAAUCAACUCUAAGAUUAUCAAACCUUGACCUUGCCACUUCAUAUGUUUUCAAAGGAGAGAAAUCUGCUUCGAUGCCGGUCGCCUCAAGUAUUCGCAAUGACAUCAUCAAUCCUGUACUCUCUGAAGCGCAAAAACUACUGGGUGAAUAUAUGACAUGGUUACAAUCAAAUAAUGCUCGUGAAGGAAGACUGUAUAAGGAAUUGUUUGAGAAAAGAUGGCCUUCAUUUAUUGAUCCACAAAAGCAGGCACAACUGGAGACUAGUGAGUUGCUGGGGAGAAAGUAUGAACUGAGCAUAAAAAUAAUAGAGAACUUCAGUGCUCCGGCUGCUUCCAAACUGUUUGAGCAAGAAAUUCGUGAAGUGUUCUUGGGAACUUUUGGUGGUCUAGGAGCAGCUGGUUUAUCUGCAUCACUUCUAACUUCUGUGCUACCAACAACCUUGGAAGAUCUUCUUGCUCUCGGUCUUUGUUCUGCUGGCGGUUUGUUAGCAGUUUCAAAUUUCCCAGCCCGUAGGCAGAAGGUCGUGGAUAAAGUUAAAAGGACUGCUGAUGCAUUGGCAUGUGAACUUGAAGAGGCGAUGCAGAAGGACCUGUUGGAGACGACUGAGAAUCUGGAAAACUUUGUGAAACUCAUCGGCAAACCGUAUCAAGAUUUAAUGCAAAAUAGACUGGAUAAACUUUUGGAGACCGAAGAUGAAUUAACAAAAGCUGAGGAAAAGCUUAGAACAUUACGGAUUGAAAUUCAAAAUCUUCACAUAUCCUGA